UUUUGUUUUGAUUUUGAGCUUUUUUUUAAUAUUUAAUUUUUUAUUUUCUCAAUUAAUUAACUUUGUUUCUCUUUUUAGUAAAUUUUAUCGAUUUUUUUUAAACUUGUGUAUGUAAUUUGACUCUACUAGCGAUGGAUGAUAUCGAUUUGUAUGGAGAUUUAGACUUUGUGGACAAUAAAUGUGUUCCAAGCGUUAAAGGUGAUGGAAAACAAGAAAUGGAUCAAGGUGAUAAUCUUAAUGAUAUUGCGAUUCUUCAAGAUUCUCAUGAUAAACUGGAGAAAGAGAAUGAGAAAAUUAUCAUGGAACUUGGACAAAUUAAGGAACAAUUAGCUCGAAUGACGCGAGUUAACAAAAUCUUAAAGUCCAACAUCUCAUCGCUCUACAAAACGGCAAAAGCGGAAUUGGACAGGAAAAAUGAUCGAAUCGCUGAAUUAACCCGACAAUAUGAUGAUUUGAUUUUCCGAAGGCAUCAAGAAUCAAUCCAUAGAUAAUUGAUUCAACUAGUUAGUUAAUUGUUGACUUAUUUUUACUUUAAAUUAGCUGAAUCAUUAUCUUCAUCAUUAUUUAAUCAUCAUCAUGGUUAUGGUUUAACUGUAAAAAUUUCAUCUGAUCAACCUUUUGAUUUUUAUAAUUCAUUUAAUGAUUACAACCACAAUUAUGAUUAUUAUCAAUAUAAUUUAUAUAUAUAU